GCCUCUAAACCACAGACAUAUGGCUUGAUUUUUUUGUUAUCGUAGUUGUAGUUUGGUAUACUAGUGAUGUUACGGAGAGGGCGGGCAAUGCUGCCUUUCUUCUUAUUGAUCUGGGUCUUGAGGCUCACACAAGCUCUUGCCACAGCUCAUGAUCGCCUGCAGGAUGAAGCGGCUGCAAAUUCCAUGUCAGGAACAGGAAACUUGGAUCGUGGAGGGAACUUGAGUUUAGCUACUGAUUUAGCCAUUCCUUCUGCUGAUCUUUUGUCUGAACAUGAUUACUUUUCAACAAAUAGAAAAGGUGAACUUUCUGAGAUUGCCACUGUUGAUCUGCAGAAUAACCAGCAGUCUCAUGAUCAUGUGUUUGCUGAGACUGAAUCUGAUGCUGCAAACCAUGGGCUUUUUGAUUUCAGCCAACAUUAUAGGUAUGAUGAGGAUGCACUUGAACAGCCUAUCUUUUCCAGUCCAGAUAGUGAUGACUUCAAUUCUGAUCGGACCAAGUAUGUUGUCCCUUUUGUUGCUGAUGAAUACCCUAUGGCUUCAGAAUCUGAAGGCGAUGUGGAACAUGCACUCUUUACUGAUCAGAGUAAUGACCCUGAUGUUGACUUCCCAGAAGUCUUUGCAUAUGCUGAUUUAGUUACUUCACCUAAAGAGAAUGUGUCCAAUACACUUGUGACAGAAAUGGGUAUAGGUGAACUUGGCAAUGAAGAGUUUGAUUCUGACAACUAUACAUCUGGUACCUACUCUGAAACCCUAGGCUAUGAUUUUGCCUUGUUUUUAGAUCUUGAAAAGGAAGGUAAUGAUUCUUUGCCUCCUGAAGAUGUAGUCAAUGGUGACCUUCCUGGCAUGCAUGCUUCUUUUGACCGCUCUGUGCUUACUGAUAUAAAUCAGGAGUUGUAUGAAGCUCUUUCUCCAGCUUUCAAGAUUACCAGUGCACGCAACUCUCCUGAUCUCUCUGGAGGUCACAUGUUGCCAAGCAGCGUCUAUGAUGCCUCUAUAGGACCCUACGGUGUCUUCAAUCUACCUAUUAAGAACCCAGGAAACUCUUCUCGCCAUAGCACAGUGGCACCGGCAGAUACUUCAACAAGUGAAGGAGGGCUGACCACCCUGGUUUCGGCAACUACAUGCGGUGUCGCCGACAUGGCCGUCAAAUUGUUUGGUGGAAGGUUGACAGACCUCAAAUUGCGAGUCGCCUUUAUACUUGUUGAAGUCAGCAAGAUUGCUCGGAGAUGCAGGUACACGGUAUUGGAGAAAAAAGGAAUUGUCAUCUUUACAACUGCCUUCAAAGGUUGCAGUGUGAAGGCACGGGGUGGGCAAUAUGUGUUGACCCUGAUGUGGAGAAACCACUAUGUGCAUAUGUCCUGUCCAAUUUCUACACCUGAUAAACCUAUUACAAUCUGUGGUAAGAGUAGCAUGACCAUCAAACUCCCAGCAGGACCAAUAGAAGCGCUUCGUGUAAAAAAUAAAUUCAACAAAUGGGUAUCCAUUUACGGAGUUGCUGUUAAAUGCAAAUAUCAACUGUUGAGUGAUUCAGAGGGAAGGAUCACUUUCACUACUUCCUACAAUGGAUGUCACGUGAGGAGAUCGAUGGAUCGUUAUUUCUAUAACAUCUACUAUCAAAUGGCUCCAGGGAAGCUAGGACAGGCACUCAUGUCUUGUAGGACAGGAAUUAAUGUUACAGUCCCACCUGAAGAGUCCUUGCCAUCAGUGUUUUGUGCCAAGUCUGGCAUGAUGAUCAAAUUGCCUAAAGGAAGUCUUAACACAGUCAAAGUGAGAGAUGGGUCUGGCAAGACAAUACCUGUGGAUAGUGUUGCCAAGAACUGCAAUUAUCAACUCUUUCAAAUGAAGACUGGACACAUCAUCUUGAUUGCUUCCUUCCAAAGCUGUCAAAUUGCAUUUGUGAAUGGAAACUAUGUCCUGGCCAUUAUCUAUACAACUUAUUCUGGAGGCUUUGCAUCAGUGCAGAUAGAAUGCCCUACCAGUGGAGAACCAACAAAACCCCCUCCCUCUACAAAACCCAUUCCUCCAACUCCUGUCUGCGGAGCUUCCAGCAUGAUGGUGGAGCUGCCUGAGGGGCCUCUGGAACAAGUCAAGAUAAUGAAUAACUCUAAUGGGCUAUGGGUAGUUGUCAAGGAUGUCCCAAAGAACUGCAACUACACACUGAUGAAGGCAAGAGGAGGAAACCUCUUCAUAACCUCCUACAAGGCCUGUCAUGUCAGGAUACUGACUAAAAACUAUGUCUUGAAUAUACGCUACAUGAGGAUGGGAAGUGCAUUCUUUGUGAAUAUGAGAUGCCCAGUAACAGAAACCACUACAGGGGAGUCAACAAAACCUGCUGUAGUCUGCAGAAACACCAGCAUGAUGGUGGAACUGCCCAAGGGAUCUCUGAAGCCAGUGCAGGUCAUUGAUGAAAACAGGUUGGUGGCUGUCGGUGAUGCACUCAAAUGUGGGUAUCUCGUGGUAGAGAGAGGAGGAAAGAUCAUCUUUACAGCUGUUUAUGCAGCCUGUGAUGUAAAGAUUGUGGAUGGAAGUUACAUCUUGACCUUACUCUACACAACCACCGCUGGUAAACGAGGGUAUGUGCACAUGAGAUGUCCAACAAAGGCCACUACAACCACUAAUACGAAGCCAACAAAGACUACUAAAACCAGUGCUGGGGAAUCGAGCAGGAGAGCUAGAAGAAGUGCUGGGGAUGCAACCAAGACGACGCGAAGAGGCUCUGGGGAUGCAACCAAGACGACGCGAAGAGGCUCUGGGGAUGCAACCAACACAACACGAAGAGGCUCUGGGGAUGUAACCAGGACGACACGAAGAGGCUCUGGGGAUGCAACUAGGCCAACGCGCACUCCUGGGCCUGCAACUAGGCCAACGCGCACUCCUGGGCCUGCAACUAGGCCAACGCGCACUCCUGGGCCUGCAACUAGGCCAACGCGCACUCCUGGGCCUGCAACUAGGCCAACGCGCACUCCUGGGCCUGCAACUAGGCCAACGCGCACUCCUGGGCCUGCAACUAGGCCAACGCGCACUCCUGGGCCUGCAACUAGGCCAACGCGCACUCCUGGGCCUGCAACUAGGCCAACGCGCACUCCUGGGCCUGCAACUAGGCCAACGCGCACUCCUGGGCCUGCAACUAGGCCAACGCGCACUCCUGGGCCUGCAACUAGGCCAACGCGCACUCCUGGGCCUGCAACUAGGCCAACGCGCACUCCUGGGCCUGCAACUAGGCCAACGCGCACUCCUGGGCCUGCAACUAGGCCAACGCGCACUCCUGGGCCUGCAACUAGGCCAACGCGCACUCCUGGGCCUGCAACUAGGCCAACGCGCACUCCUGGGCCUGCAACUAGGCCAACGCGCACUCCUGGGCCUGCAACUAGGCCAACGCGCACUCCUGGGCCUGCAACUAGGCCAACGCGCACUCCUGGGCCUGCAACUAGGCCAACGCGCACUCCUGGGCCUGCAACUAGGCCAACGCGCACUCCUGGGCCUGCAACUAGGCCAACGCGCACUCCUGGGCCUGCAACUAGGCCAACGCGCACUCCUGGGCCUGCAACUAGGCCAACGCGCACUCCUGGGCCUGCAACUAAGACGACGAGAAGGGGCUCUGGGCAUGUAACCAGGACAACACGAAGAGGCUCUGGGGAUGCAACCAAGACGACGAGAAGGGGCUCUGGGCAUGUAACCAGGACAACACGAAGAGGCUCUGGGGAUGCAACCAAGACGACGAGAAGGGGCUCUGGGCAUGUAACCAGGACAACACGAAGAGGCUCUGGGGAUGCAACCAAGACGACGAGAAGGGGCUCUGGGCAUGCAACCAGGACAACACGAAGAGGCUCUGGGGAUGCAACCAAGACGACGAGAAGGGGCUCUGGGCAUGCAACCAGGACAACACGAAGAGGCUCUGGGGAUGCAACCAAGACGACGAGAAGGGGCUCUGGGCAUGCAACCAGGACAACACGAAGGGGCUCUGGGGAUGCAACCAAGACGACGAGAAGGGGCUCUGGGCAUGCAACCAGGACAACACGAAGGGGCUCUGGGGAUGCAACCAAGACGACGAGAAGGGGCUCUGGGCAUGCAACCAGGACAACACGAAGGGGCUCUGGGGAUGCAACCAGGACGACGAGAAGGGGCUCUGGGCAUGCAACCAGGACAACACGAAGGGGCUCUGGGGAUGCAACCAGGACGACGAGAAGGGGCUCUGGGCAUGUAACCAGGACAACACGAAGGGGCUCUGGGGAUGCAACCAGGACGACGAGAAGGGGCUCUGGGCAUGUAACCAGGACAACACGAAGAGGCUCUGGGGAUGCAACCAGGACGACGAGAAGGGGCUCUGGGCAUGUAACCAGGACAACACGAAGAGGCUCUGGGGAUGCAACCAGGACGACGAGAAGGGGCUCUGGGCAUGUAACCAGGACGACACGAAGAGGCUCUGGGCAUGCAACCAGGACGACGAGAAGGGGCUCUGGGCAUGCAACCAGGACGACACGAAGAGGCUCUGGGGAUGCAACCAGGACGACGAGAAGGGGCUCUGGGCAUGUAACCAGGACAACACGAAGAGGCUCUGGGGAUGCAACCAGGACGACGAGAAGGGGCUCUGGGCAUGUAACCAGGACGACACGAAGAGGCUCUGGGCAUGCAACCAGGACGACGAGAAGGGGCUCUGGGCAUGCAACCAGGACGACACGAAGAGGCUCUGGGCAUGCAACCAGGACGACACGAAGGGGCUCUGGGCAUGCAACCAAGACGACGAGAAGGGGCUCUGGGCAUGUAACCAGGACGACACGCUCUCCUGGGAAUGCAACCAGGACAACACGAAGAGGCUCUGGGGAUGCAACCAGGACAACACGAAGAGGCUCUGGGGAUGCAACGAGAACCAUCACUAGGAAGCCAACUGAGAAGACUGAAACCAGUGCUGCGGAGGGAACAAAGGCCCCUACAUCUGUUGUCUGCAGAGCUUCUAGUAUGGUGUUGGAGCUGCCUAAGGAACCUCUAAAACGUGUCCUGUUUCUAGAUAAAUCCAACCAGUGGGUAGCUGUCAUUGAUGCUCGCAAGUACUGCAACUACACCUUGUCUCAGGGAAUCGGAAGGAACUUCUUCAUAACGCCCUACACAGCCUGUGAUGUCAGGAUACUGAAUAAAAACUAUGUUUUGAAGCUAUGGUAUCUGACAACUGGUGGAGAAAAAGGGUAUGUGCUGAUGAAAUGUCCCACCAGUGCUGGAGAACCAACAGAGGCCCCUUCACCUACAACCACCACUAGGAAGCCAACAGAACCAGUGCCUAUUGCAACUACUAUCUGCAGAGCCUCUACCAUGAUGGUGGUGCUCCCUCCGGGACCCCUGGAAGAAGUCUUACUAAUGGAUAAAUCCAAUAAUCUGGUUCCUGUGAAAGAUGCCCCCAAGUACUGUAACUAUAGUUUGGUAGAGGGAGAAGGAAGGAACAUCUUCAUAACGCCCUACGUAACAACCUGUGAUGUCCAAAUACUGAAUAAUUCUUAUGUCCUGACCCUACACUAUACCACCACUGAGGGGGUAUUUGUCUCUGUGGGUAUGAAAUGUCCCACCAGUGCUGGAGAACCAACAGAGUCCCCUUCACCUACAACCACCACUAAGAAGCCAACAGAACCAGUGCCUAUUGCAACUACUAUCUGCAGAGCCUCUACCAUGAUGGUGGUGCUCCCUCCGGGACCCCUGGAAGAAGUCUUAGUAAUAGAUCAAUCCAAUGAUCUGGUUCCUGUCAAUGAUGCCCCCAAGUACUGCAACUAUAGUCUGGUAGAGGGUGAAGGAAGGAACAUCUUCAUAACCCCCUACACAACUUGUGAUGUUAAAAUAUUGAAUAAGAAUUAUGUCCUGACCCUACACUAUACCACCACUGAGGGGGUGUUUGGCUAUGUGGGCAUGAAGUGUCCAACCAGCGCAGCCCUACCAACAAGAUCUCCACUCCCUCCCUUUGGGGUGUCUGUCAUCUGCAGUGAUACUUGCAUGACAGUGGAGCUUCCUGGGGGACUUCUGGAAGAGAUCCAAUUAAUGGAUGAAUCCAAUAACUUGGUAGCUGUUGCCAGUGCUCCCAAGACUUGUGGCUACAGUUUGGUGAGGGGAAAUGACAAGAACAUCUUGACUGCCCCCUACAAUGCUUGUAAUGUCAAGAUACUGAACAACUUCUAUAUCCUGAGAGUCCUUUACACCACUCUUACUGGGCAGCAUGGAGAUAUACAUGCCAAGUGUCCUGUUCCUGGUCUAGUACCACGUGAGGGUUGCAAGAUACCAAGAAGUCAGCAGGUUGCUUGUGGUCCACCUAAUGCUGAUCCACAACUCUGUGUGGCCAAUGGAUGUUGUGUGGAUGCAACAACUUCCCAGUGUUACUAUCCUUUGGAUGCAUGCACAGCAGAUGGGCAUUUUGUGUUUGCAGUUUACCGCACCUCAACCAAGCCUGAAAUAGAUCCUGGUAGUCUAGUAAUUGCAGGAAACCAAUCCUGUGCCCCUGUAAUCUGUACUCCAGACUUUGCUGUCUUCAAAUUCCCAGUGACUGGCUGUGGGACACAUGUCUUUAUGGUGGCAGAGACUACAAUCUAUCUUGCUGAAGUUCAUGGCAUGGUUCGAGGGACCGGGCAGGUGUAUGGAGAAAUUACCAGAGACAGCUCUUACCGCCUCCAGGUGGAAUGUCGCUAUUCUAAAGGAAGUUUGGCCAGCACUGGUUACUUGGUGGUGAACCCACUGCCUCCAUCAGCAGCCUUGGCUUUUGGCUCACUUGGGGUUAGGUUAAGGAUUGCCACAGACGCCAGCUACACAACUUUCCACCCACUGUCCCAUCUGCCCCUGAGCUUCUUGCUUGGAAGCAAGGUGUAUCUGGAAGUGCAGCUUAUGAACCCUCCUGACCCCAAUGUAGUUCUGCUGGUCCACUACUGCAUCGCCUAUCCCCAGUCCUCUCAAGCUGCCUGGGUGAUCCUCUAUGAAGGUUGUCCAAACAUCCUGGAUUACAGCAGUGCUGCUGGCCUCCAUGUCGAAUACGAUAACAUGCCUGUAUCCAAGCACACUCGACGCUUUGAAAUACAAAGCUUCCAGUUCCUGGACUACAAGACCAAGCAGCAUUUGGAUGAGGAUAUCUAUUUUAUGUGUUCAACUGAAGUCUGUUCUCCUGAACGCCGUGUUUGUAAUGAAGGAUGCUUUGAUGGGAGAGAUAUGCCUGUUCCAGUAGAUCUUGGUGUGGGAGGGCGCUGUGCAGGAAAGCCUUGUCCUGGGAAUGUAGUCAAGCGAGCUGCUCAUGGUGAAGGAACCUUCAUUUUGGAUGAGAAUGUGCUCCAUGAACAAACGGAGAAGCACUGGACACACUUCCAUGGUCUCCUGGGGCUGCUUGGUUUGCUGGUCCCGGUAUCUGUUGUAAUGCUCUUCCUCAAAAAAUGGGUUGUCUGGAAACUGUCAGAUCCUGGAGAAGCAGUCUAACUUGAAUAAACAUAACUUGUUUAAAAUUCUGUCU